AUGAAGUCAACUGUAUCUGCAAAUGAAACAGGAAUUGAGGAAAGAAUUCAAGAAGAGGAAGAAGAAAUGAAACGACUGGGAGAAAAGGGAGAAACGACAUAUAUGGAAGCUUCAGUAUCACCAUCAGCUGGCACUGGGCUGCCUGGUCUUGGUCUAUCGAUGACACCCUUCUCUAUACCUGAAUCUUCAGUGUCGAUGAAGUCAACUGUAUCUGCAAAUGAAACAGGCAUUGAAGGAAGAAUUCAAGAAGAGGAAGAAGAACAGGAAUACAAAAAAUUGGGCGAAAAAGGAGAAACGACAUAUAUGGAAGCUUCAGUAUCACCAUCAGCUGGCACUGGGCUGCCUGGUCUUGGUCUAUCGAUGACACCCUUCUCUAUACCUGAAUCUUCAGUGUCGAUGAAGUCAACUGUAUCUGCAAAUGAAACAGGCAUUGAAACAGGAAUUGAGGAAAGAAUUCAAGAAGAGGAAGAAGAAAUGAAAAGACUGGGAGAAAAGGGAGAAACGACAUAUAUGGAAGCUUCAGUAUCACCAUCAGCUGGCACUGGGCUGCCUGGUCUUGGUCUAUCGAUGACACCCUUCUCUAUACCUGAAUCUUCAGUGUCGAUGAAGUCAACUGUAUCUGCAAAUGAAACAGGCAUUGAAGGAAGAAUUCAAGAAGAGGAAGAAGAGGAGGAAUACAAAAAAUUGGGUGAAAAAGGAGAAACGACAUAUAUGGAAGCUUCAGUAUCACCAUCAGCUGGCACUGGGCUGCCUGGUCUUGGUCUAUCGAUGACACCUUUCUCUAUACCUGAAUCUUCAGUGUCGAUGAAGUCAACUGUAUCUGCAAAUGAAACAGGAAUUGAGGAAAGAAUUCAAGAAGAGGAAGAAGAAAUGAAAAGACUGGGAGAAAAGGGAGAAACGACAUAUAUGGAAGCUUCAGUAUCACCAUCAGCUGGCACUGGGCUGCCUGGUCUUGGUCUAUCGAUGACACCCUUCUCUAUACCUGAAUCUUCAGUGUCGAUGAAGUCAACUGUAUCUGCAAAUGAAACAGGCAUUGAAGGAAGAAUUCAAGAAGAGGAAGAAGAACAGGAAUACAAAAAAUUGGGCGAAAAAGGAGAAACGACAUAUAUGGAAGCUUCAGUAUCACCAUCAGCUGGCACUGGGCUGCCUGGUCUUGGUCUAUCGAUGACACCCUUCUCUAUACCUGAAUCUUCAGUGUCGAUGAAGUCAACUGUAUCUGCAAAUGAAACAGGCAUUGAAGGAAGAAUUCAAGAAGAGGAAGAAGAACAGGAAUACAAAAAAUUGGGCGAAAAAGGAGAAACGACAUAUAUGGAAGCUUCAGUAUCACCAUCAGCUGGCACUGGGCUGCCUGGUCUUGGUCUAUCGAUGACACCCUUCUCUAUACCUGAAUCUUCAGUGUCGAUGAAGUCAACUGUAUCUGCAAAUGAAACAGGCAUUGAAGGAAGAAUUCAAGAAGAGGAAGAAGAACAGGAAUACAAAAAACUGGGCGAAAAAGGAGAAACGACAUAUAUGGAAGCUUCAGUAUCACCAUCAGCUGGCACUGGGCUGCCUGGUCUUGGUCUAUCGAUGACACCCUUCUCUAUACCUGAAUCUUCAGUGUCGAUGAAGUCAACUGUAUCUGCAAAUGAAACAGGAAUUGAGGAAAGAAUUCAAGAAGAGGAAGAAGAAAUGAAACGACUGGGAGAAAAGGGAGAAACGACAUAUAUGGAAGCUUCAGUAUCACCAUCAGCUGGCACUGGGCUGCCUGGUCUUGGUCUAUCGAUGACACCCUUCUCUAUACCUGAAUCUUCAGUGUCGAUGAAGUCAACUGUAUCUGCAAAUGAAACAGGCAUUGAAGGAAGAAUUCAAGAAGAGGAAGAAGAACAGGAAUACAAAAAAUUGGGCGAAAAAGGAGAAACGACAUAUAUGGAAGCUUCAGUAUCACCAUCAACUGGCACUGGCCUGCCUGGUCUUGGUCUAUCGAUGACACCUUUCUCUAUGCCUGAAUCUUCAGUGUCGAUGAAGUCAACUGUAUCUGCAAAUGAAACAGGCACUGAAGGAAGGAUUCAAGAAGAGGAAGAAGAAAUGAAACGACUGGGAGAAAAGGGAGAAACGACAUAUAUGGAAGCUUCAGUAUCACCAUCAGCUGGCACUGGGCUGCCUGGUCUUGGUCUAUCGAUGACACCCUUCUCUAUACCUGAAUCUUCAGUGUCGAUGAAGUCAACUGUAUCUGCAAAUGAAACAGGCAUUGAAGGAAGAAUUCAAGAAGAGGAAGAAGAACAGGAAUACAAAAAUUGGCGAAAAGGAGAAACGACAUAUAUGGAAGCUUCAGUAUCACCAUCAGCUGGCACUGGGCUGCCUGGUCUUGGUCUAUCGAUGACACCCUUCUCUAUACCUGAAUCUUCAGUGUCGAUGAAGUCAACUGUAUCUGCAAAUGAAACAGGAUUGAAGGAAGAUUCAAGAAGAGGAAGAAGGGAUAACAAAAAAGGCGAAAAAGGAGAAACGACAUAUAUGGAAGCUUCAGUAUCACCAUCAGCUGGCACUGGGCUGCCUGGUCUUGGUCUAUCGAUGACACCUUUCUCUAUACCUGAAUCUUCAGUGUCGAUGAAGUCAACUGUAUCUGCAAAUGAAACAGGAAUUGAGGAAAGAAUUCAAGAAGAGGAAGAAGAAAUGAAAAGACUGGGAGAAAAGGGAGAAACGACAUAUAUGGAAGCUUCAGUAUCACCAUCAGCUGGCACUGGGCUGCCUGGUCUUGGUCUAUCGAUGACACCCUUCUCUAUACCUGAAUCUUCAGUGUCGAUGAAGUCAACUGUAUCUGCAAAUGAAACAGGCAUUGAAGGAAGAAUUCAAGAAGAGGAAGAAGAGGAGGAAUACAAAAAAUUGGGCGAAAAAGGAGAAACGACAUAUAUGGAAGCUUCAGUAUCACCAUCAGCUGGCACUGGGCUGCCUGGUCUUGGUCUAUCGAUGACACCCUUCUCUAUACCUGAAUCUUCAGUGUCGAUGAAGUCAACUGUAUCUGCAAAUGAAACAGGCAUUGAAGGAAGAAUUCAAGAAGAGGAAGAAGAGGAGGAAUACAAAAAAUUGGGCGAAAAAGGAGAAACGACAUAUAUGGAAGCUUCAGUAUCACCAUCAGCUGGCACUGGGCUGCCUGGUCUUGGUCUAUCGAUGACACCCUUCUCUAUACCUGAAUCUUCAGUGUCGAUGAAGUCAACUGUAUCUGCAAAUGAAACAGGCAUUGAAGGAAGAAUUCAAGAAGAGGAAGAAGAGGAAUGUAAAAAAUUGGGCGAAAAAGGAGAAACGACAUAUAUGGAAGCUUCAGUAUCACCAUCAGCUGGCACUGGGCUGCCUGGUCUUGGUCUAUCGAUGACACCCUUCUCUAUACCUGAAUCUUCAGUGUCGAUGAAGUCAACUGUAUCUGCAAAUGAAACAGGCAUUGAAGGAAGAUUCAAGAAGAAGAAGAACAGGAAUACAAAAACUGGGCGAAAAAGGAGAAACGACAUAUAUGGAAGCUUCAGUAUCACCAUCAGCUGGCACUGGGCUGCCUGGUCUUGGUCUAUCGAUGACACCCUUCUCUAUACCUGA